UGUUGUUUUCUUUAAAUUUGUAACGGGCUACAUUUUUGUUCCUUGUAUUAACUUUUUUUACGGGCAAAGCCGUUUACACACUGUUCUGUUACGUUGAAAAUGUAAAGUUGGCAUUUUCUCUAUUUUUAGCCGUGACAUAUUAUUAUGAUGUAAGUUUGAAUGUGAAUCAAGUGCAAGGAGAAGUUUGGUAUGAGAAUACAUGACUGCUAUGACUGCCUUAUUACGCUUGAGCGAUGUGUUUUAGUUAGCAAACCCAAACAACAUGAAAGUGCUCAUGAAUCUCUCUGACUCUUAUUUCCGUUACUUUUCAAGUUAUUGUAAUCUAUUUUAACAAAUGUAGAUUUAUUUUACAUUUUCCUUCAAUUUGGAUUUCCAUUGUAAGCCAUACAAAGCCUUAGUUUGUAAUUAUUAUGAACAGAAAACUAAUAAAUGUCUGAAAUCUGAGUAAGAUCGUUUCCUGUUUUCCUGAGUCUGAGAUCUGAUCCUGCUGGAGACAGCACAGUGGAGACCUGUCUCAGUUCGUUUCACGUUUGAAAAGUGUAGGCAAGUUACAAUUUUUUCUCCUAGCGGGAAUAUAGAUCUAUGUAGCACAGUUUGGAAUCAUUUAAUGAUUUUGUGCAUCAUGAAAACCUAUAUUUGUGGAUCCUGAGCCUGCUUUUGGUUUUGGAUUUGGAUUAGCCGAUUUUACAAAGUACAAAGUACCAAGGUCCCAAGUCCAAGUUCUCAGUUUCAAGAUAAGCACAUGGUGCUUCUUUCUUUGUUCAAAUGGAGUGAUUUAAAGCGGGCAUGUCAUAGUUCAUACCUGCAGAAGAGACAGCAUAUUCUUCAUGAUAUAUAUCUGGCAUUUGAAGACGUGUGCUCAUUGACAGCAAAAUGAGUUGCUUCAGAGGUCAAAUGCACGAGUAUCGUGAAAUAGCCAUUGAUCGUUUUGAUGGUGGAAAUCUUCGCUGCACAGCAUUUUUCUUAUCACAUUGCCACAAAGAUCACAUGGUUGGACUUUCAAACCCAGCAUUUUUGGAUCGAUUGUCAUCCAGAAAGAACAUUUUCCUUUACUGCACAGAAGUUACAAAACUGCUUUUGUUAGCAGAUGAAGAAUUCAGAUGUCUGAAAAAUUAUAUUCAAGUUCUGCAAGUUGGAUUUUCACAGCCAGUAACUGUUCAAGGUAUAAAUUCUUCAGAGGAUGAUUACAUAAUCAACGUCACUCCUAUUUCUGCUGGUCAUUGUCUGGGCUCUGUGAUGUUUUUGUUUGAGGGACACCAGGGGACUUCCUUAUACACCGGAGAUUUCCGAUGGGAGUUGAAUCAGGCAUCUAAGAUGUCAGCUUUACAUAUCAAUGAAAGCGUGAAAAACAUUCGCAGCAUGUACGUCGACACAACAUUCUGUAUCUCGGAGGCGUACCACAUCCCUAGUCGUGUGCAGUGUGUGGAGGCCACAGUAGGUCUUGUCUCAGCCUGGCUCACAAACUCACCCCUCCACGUAGUCACCAUUUCCUGUCCUGCCAGGUACGGCCAUGAGCAUCUACUGGUGGAGCUUGCCAGGCAGCUGGAAACCAAGGUUCAUGUACUCAAGUGGAAAAGUGACCUGUAUGCUGAAAUCCCAGGUUUAGAAAGCUACUUCAGUGCAGACCCAAAUGAGACUCGAAUUCAUGCCUGCUCCUCCAAGGGUGGUUUCCCUUCAGCAUCUCGACUGCCUUGCGGACACCAUCCUGUCAAGGGAGAAAAGUUUAAGAUCAUGAACAUUCGCCCGUCUACAAUGUGGUUUACGUCAGAGAAGACAAAGGCUAGCGCUGAGGACUUGGUGGUGGCUCCGGCCACUCAGAAAGGCUUGCAUCGUGUCUGCUACUCCAUGCAUUCAUCUUACAGCGAGAUUCGAGAUGUGGUGAGCUACCUUCAGCCAGAGAGGCUGUUUCCGAAUGUCUUGCCUCAGUCAGAUGCCACCAUGAGCACGGUACAGAAAAGAUUGGACAGUUUUCUGAAGUACCCCCACAAACUUCGGCUAAAAACGACAGAUUGUUCCUCUGGCCCAACGUUUUUAGGUGAACUGAGGACAUUGCGAACAGUGAAACCUUUUGGUAACCUACCAGGUCUGUUGGAUACCCAAGCCAGUGACAGCCCAGAUGAUCUGGUGUUCAGUAGCCCGGACUCACCACUCAAGAGACCUGUCCCAACAGCUAAAAACCCCAGAGGCGUGAGAAACUUGAACUCUCUUUUUGGGAAACAAGCAAGUCCGGAAUCUCCUAAAAGUUCUGCGUCUGCUGUUCACUCUUCUUACGAGGGCUCUGAUCGUAAUGAAGAAGAACUGGAUAUAGCGAUUGAAGACGUUGAAGCUCCGAAAGAAAUGGAUUGUUUAUGUUCCGGAAAAGAGGAAGAAAAAAGAGAAGAUGAAAAGAAUGAAGACGAGGAAUCUUUUCGCUUGUACGUGAGUGGUGAAUCCGAUGUCUGUGAUGAUGAUGAGGAAGACGAACAAGAAAAUGACUUUAGUGAAUACAAGAUUCAGUUCUUUCAGAUUGCUGAUGAAGUCUCAAAAUCAGUACUGAAAUCGAGCAAAUGGGAUGCUGGAUCCUCUUCUUUUGUUGAUGAUUUAUCUAAAGGCAAGGUUGAGUCAUCUGGAAAAAUGAAAAGAAAAUUCCAUGUGUCUAUAGAUACACAGUGUGAAAAAAGCAAUACUGAAUCCAAAUGUUCCAAUGAAACAGAUGUGUGUAAAGUGUCAGAUGGUGACCAUGAGGAAAAAGAACCCAAAAAAUCUGAUCAUGUGUCAUUACAAACAGUGUUAACGCUAUCAGAAAGAAAACACCCUGAUAUAAAUGAGGACCUCAACUCAUCAGUUCAGGAGGAGAGUGAUGAAGAUUUUAUUCCAAAUUCACAGGAAGGAAAAGACCUGUCAUACGCACUUUGUUUGGGAAGGAGAGAUAGCCCUAGUUUACCACAGAAUGAACUUGCCGAAGAGGUUGAGGAUGAAGACUCAAGCCACUCUGAACCUCUUCUUGUCAACUCAUACAGUAGCAAAAAAGGAACUGAUGGUACUUUGGGAGAUGUAUGCAAGCACUCUGAUAAAGGCAAUUCAGUGAACUGUCCAGACGAGGAUGUAAUAUCUAUAAAGUCAUCAGAGGAAAUGAACGAUUCUAAUGCAACUCAAAGUUAUAACUGUGACUUUCUGACUGUGAAAGAAUCCUUUUCGGUGACUGAGGAAGCUGCUUUUACUCCUGUUAAAGACAAAGAUGAAAUUAAUAAAAGUCUAAAGGAGAGCUCAUCACCUUUAGUGGUUCAUAGUGAGGUAGACAAAAGCUGUUCUUCAACUGUACAGGUGGAGGAGGAAAAUUGUUUCAAUUGCGAAAAACGAGAUGUUCAUGUGGUUAGUAGUAGAAAAACAAAAUUAAAGGAAAAUGAUUAUAACUGUAACAAAUCAGGUGCUAAGACCAUCAGUGGUAAUAGUAACAGUACUCCACAAAGACUGAGUGAGAGGGCUUUGAAACCAGAAGGAUUAGGAGAGAGACAGGAUGGAGAGAAGUAUAAGGGGGUGGUCAGGAAGAAAUCAUUGUUGUCAUCGCCACCACCAUCAUCUUCUUCCCUCCAAGCUUGCCUGAGAGAAAGGUCGGUGUCAGUCCUGGUCAGUGAGGACGUCAUUCAUGUGGAUGAUGCUCAAGAUGACGAUAUUGAAUAUCUCUUUGAUGAAAAACCAGAGACGGAACAGAAUCAAGAGGCCGUUAAUGGGUCUGACGGGUGGAUGUCGAAGCAGAGCAACCAGCAAAAAGGAAUUCCUCAUACGUUCAGUUUGAAAAGAAGAUCCUCACCAGUGACCUGUGGUAAAAGAACUGAUAAGAAGCAAAGAAAAGUGACGGGUGGAAUGCCAGGUCAAGAAGUGGUAGAUUUAACUGAUGAUUUAUAAGCCUUCUAGUGAUGAUAAAACUGAGUGCAUUAUAUUGUGAUAAAACUGAGUGCAUUAUAUUGUCCGUCAGCUGUUCAGAUGAACUACGCCCAAAAUUUUGAAAUUUUUUUCAUGCAGUUUUCCAAUUCUAUGGUACCGGUUGCAUGGGCUCAAGAAAUAUUUUGUUGAAAUUCAAAUUCUGAAUGAUGAAAAA